AUGAUCAGCAAUCUUCAGGUCGAUGUGUAUGUUGCACCGGCUGCACCCAUAGCCACCGGCCACCUAGAUCCAUCUAAAAGAUGGUUCUCGCCCACAUCCUGCACCCUCAUCCAAGGGCCAACAUCAGCAGUUUUGGUCGAUACGCCGGCCACCAUCGAACUGUCCGAAGGCCUCGCUGCCUGGAUAAAAAAGACAGCCCCUGGCAAGAAGUUGCUGUACAUCUACACCACGCAUCUACACGGAGAUCAUUUUCUCGGCAACCCCAUUCUUCUCCGCCAUUUCCCAGAAGCCAAAUGCGUUGCCACUGUCUCCGUUGUUGAUGGCAUCCGGAAACAAUGGCCUGGCAGUCUGGCGUUCUGGGACAAGCUCUUUCCCAACAAGCAGAUCGCUGGCGACCAGCAUAUCCCCAACGCUUUGCCUGCGGACGGAAAGUUUGAUAUUGAUGGCCACCUACUCCAAGGCAUCGACGUACCGCACUCUGACACAGAUGCUUCGUCAUUUCUUCACGUUCCAGACCUCAAACUCGUUGUGUGCGGAGACAUAGUGUACGGGGAUUGUUAUCAGUUCCUUGGUGAAGCCAAUACUCCCGAGAAAAGACAAAUGUGGCUUCAGUCUUUGGACCAAAUAGCGGCCUUGGAUCCUCACAUUGUCGUGCCUGGCCACAAACGAGCCUCCCAGAUCGAUGGAUCAUAUCUGAUUGAGGCCACGAGGGCUUAUAUACUGGCAUUCGAAGAAGAGCUGGAGAAGGCUGGAGAUUCUGAGAAGCUUGAGGAAGCCAUGAUUCGUCGCUACCCGCAGAGGUGGAACCGCUUCCUCCUAGAGCAGAGCUGUCAGAGAACUUGGUCAGCUCUUGGCUUAGAGGACUAA